UCGUCGGACCCGCGCCUCGCGCCGAGGCGACACUGCAAUGACGUCAAAAGUGAGCGUCGCCCAGCUGUCCGGUUUUGCCGGCGCGACGCGGGAGUCCGACUACUCCCGACACGUGGGCCCAACCUAUGGCCGAAAGAUGAUGACAGGAUACCUCAAAUAUAAAGGAGUGCAUGCCUGUGAAGAAAGAGUUGGGAAGGCAUUGCAGGCAAUUCAACCUCAAAACCAUGAAGCACGUCAACAUGGGGCCCGAAACCUUAACCCGACACCAUACAGAGCAGAUUAUAUGGGCCAGAAAAUACAUAUUGAUCAAAACGAAAAAAUGGUGAUGUAUGGGGUCACGCAUGUUGUGGCUAUUGAUGGUUUCAGCGGAAAACUUGUGGCACAUUCCACUAUGCCCAUUAAGAACAAUCUUACAAUCUAUGAUGAGAUUUACAGAAAAGCGGUUCUUGAACAUGGCAUGUGGGACCAGAUUCGGGUUGACUGUGGAACAGAAUUUUAUCUUACACUUUUUAUGCAAGAGAAGUUGGCUGGGUACCGUUACAAUCAGAGUCAACCACCAUUCCUUCAGACACCUUCAACUUUAAAUCAUCGCAUUGAGAGAGUCUGGCCAGAGGUGAACAACAGGGUAAACUAUCCAAUUAAAAGAUGCCUAAUGAACCUGGAAGAUCAGGAAAUCAUAAAUUUUGGGGACGACACUGUAAAAUUCUGCAUAUCCACUCUGGCAUAGGAAUACCUAACCAACUGGCGCAGACAGGCUGUCCAAACAAGGUGACUGAAACCUUACUGCUCAGUGCGUCUGUGGCGGCUGACCUAUAUGAGGCAGAGAGACAGUCAUCAUUGACAAGAAUGUCCUCUUUUGGCCAAAAUCCCUUCCACACUCCAGAAGAACAACAGCAUGCAGAGCUACGUUUUGCUCAGUCAUUUCCAGACACAACAGUGAUUUGGGAGUGCAUUACAAGAGGUGAACCCACAAUGUUCCAGGAUGCACUGUUGUUUCUGAUUAAUCUGUUGUCCUGAUCUGAGAAAACCUGUCUGUAGCUCUUUUAGCAAAUUAUUUUCAAAUAAUUUAAGCAUUGUUUCUAUGCUGAAAAAUAUUAAAUGUUCUAUAAUGUUCAGCCUUGAAGAUGUUAAAGAUUUUGUGAUUUGGCAGAUGCUUUUACCAAAGUGACUUGGAAAGGUGUAUUAUAAAAUUGUUUAAAAGAAUAUUUGUUGAAAUUGUUUUAAGAAAACUUGGAA